AUGGGUCUUAUCAAAAGGUGUGAUGUUUACAUGGUGACUGUGAUGUUCAUGAGUUUUGGGUUUGCAAUAGGGUUUUCAAAUGGGCACAAAUUCUCUGUUGGUGGGAAAGAUGGUUGGGUCCUUACUGCUUCCGAGGACUAUUCUCAUUGGUCUCAUCGAAACCGGUUUCAGGUCAACGACACCCUUUAUUUUAAGUACCCUAAAGGGAAAGAUUCUGUGUUGGAGGUGAGUGAAGAAGAGUACAACACAUGCAACACCACACACCCAAUAACUUCCCUCUCGAACGGAGACUCUCUCUUUGUGCUUAGCCGCUCAGGUUCGUUCUUUUUUGUCAGCGGCAACUCAGAAAAUUGUCUCAAAGGCCAGAAGCUAUCCGUCAAGGUCAUGUCCGCCGCCCACCACGGCCAUAGUCCUCAUCAGCCAUCGCCCUCGCCGUCACCAACUCUGUCUCCCGUUCAUCAGCCUUCGUCAUCUCCAGCGCCUUCUCCAGUAGCAAUUGCUCCGGCUCCAGGACCAGCGAAAGGUUCUGCCGGUUUGGUUAGUCCUGGAGCGGUGUCUCUAGGAUUGCUUCUCGUGGAUAUUAUAAGUUUCAUGGUUUAG